UCACACUUCCGUGUUUACAUUCGCCAUAUAAACGUGGACUCGUGAAUAGUAGCGUUUCAAAACAUCCGGCGCUGUUGUGGGGGGGAAAAAUGGCAGCAAACACAGCGCGCAAUCAUUGCAGCGUUCCCACAUGCACAAACAACUCGAGCAGACAACCGUACUUGAGUUUUCACUCGUUUCCCACCGACGUGCUUGUGAGAAGGAAAUGGAUCUGUGCUAUUCGCCGGGAUGAGGGCGAACAUUUUAAGAUAUUAAGAGGCAGCACGUAUGUGUGCAGUCAGCAUUUCAGAGAGUCUGACUACUCUAAAACAGCAGGUCGUAAACGCCUGAAACAUGGAGCUGUGCCGUCCCGGUUUCAGUGGACAAACCCGGCAUCUUUUGCACGGCGAAGGUUUUUUGGUAAACUCCGAAAAGCCAGAAGUUUGCGGGGGAUCAACUCGGAGAAGCUGCCAGAUCACGCGUACGCAGCGGUUCCUCCUCCAGAAUCACAGCCCUUUAGACCUUGUUUAAUGGAGUCAGAAGAGAGAACAUUAAAUUCAUUCAGAACACCUCUACACACUCCUCCUCACUCACAGCUUUGGCAGGAUGCGCAGACAAACGAAGAGUCAUCCAGCUCUGAGAAACCUGUCAUCCCUGUGGUCCAGCAGAACAUAAGAGUCCAGAGAAAGCCCCUAAAAGAGAAAGAUGAAGACUACCUUUGUGGAGACAUAUCAAGUUCACUGGGUCACGUCAUCCCCAUGGACCAACAGAAUUCUAGAGGAGCAUUUGAGAGGAAAAUUGUCAAAGAGGAAGAGUCUGAAGAGGAAGACUACCUCUCUGUAGACACAUCAAGUUCUGUGGGACAUGUGAUCCCUGUUGACCAGCAGAAUGAAGAAUUUGUGAGGAUCACUGUAAAAGAGGAAGAACUUGAAGAUGAAGACUACCAGUGUGGAGCCAUGUUGAACUCAGAGGGAGCUGCCAUCCCUGUGGACCAACAGAACAGAGAACUCGAGAGGAACCCUGUAAAAAAUGAAGAACCCGAAGAUGACCGCUACCUCUUCUGUGAGCACUGCAGAACGUUCUUCAUCAACAAAUGUGAGCUUCAUGGUCCAGCUCUCUUCAUCCCUGAUACUCCUGUUCCCAUGGGGUGCACUGAGCGAGCCAGACAAACCCUGCCCCUUGGUCUGGAGGUUCAGAUGUCUGGUAUUCCCAACGCAGGACUGGGAGUGUUUAAUAAAGGAGAGCCUGUUCCGGUUGGUACUCACUUUGGGCCUUAUGAGGGAGACCUGGUGGACAGAGAGGAAGCGAUAAACAGUGGAUACUCUUGGGUGAUAUACAGGAGCACUGGAUGUGAGGAAUACAUAGAUGGCAAGAGAGAAUUGUGUUCUAACUGGAUGAGGUAUGUGAAUUGUGCUCGUAAUGGUGAAAACCACAACCUUGUGGCGUUUCAGUAUCAUGGUGGGAUUCUGUACCGUUGCUGUCGACCCAUCAAUCCAGGACAGGAGCUUUUGGUGUGGUAUGAAGAGGAGUACGCCAGACGCCUCGGCCUUGUGUUCGACUACUUCUGGAACAUAAAGAGCUCCGCAAAUGAAAAAAGCAAUUCCCUUUCGCAAGUCUUCUCCUGCUCCUGGUGUCCACUUGUAUAUACAUCUGAAAUUGACCUCGAUGAACACAUCAAGAGAUGCCACUGUGAGGAACUCGAGAUGCUGCAGAAAACAAGCUCUUCUAGCCAGCAAACAUCUUCUGAUACUCUGUGCGUUCAUACCUCAGGCACCCAAAUACAGAAGAAAGUCUUCCAGUGCUCACAUUGUGAAAAGAGUUUUUCUCACCUGAGUAAUUUCCAAAUACACACACGUGUUCACACCGGAGAGAAGCCGUAUCAGUGUUCGGAGUGCGGGAAAAGUUUUGCACAGCAGAAUAAUCUUCAGUCACAUCGACGCAUUCACACAGGCGAGAAGCCGUAUCAGUGUUCGCAGUGCGGGAAGAGUUUUAAUCGAGAGGAUAACCUCCGAAUUCACCGGCGCAUCCACACAGGAGAGAAACCGUAUCACUGUGGAAUGUGUACGAAGAGUUUUGCUCACCGGAGCGCUCUUCAAAUACACCACCGUGUCCACACAGGAGAGAAGCCGUAUCAGUGUUCACAGUGCGCAAAGAGUUUUUCUCAGCUGACUCAUCUCCAGCAGCACAAGCUCACACACAGCAGGGAAAAGCCGUACCAGUGUUUAAGCUGUAGGAAGUGUUUUACUCAGCAAUGUUAUCUCCAAGCACACCAGCGCAUUCACACGGGAGAGAAGCCGUAUUGCUGUACGCAGUGCGGGAAGAGUUUUACUCACCAGAGCACCCUGCGGCGACACGGCCGCGUUCACACUGGAGAGAAGCCCUAUCACUGCUCGCACUGCGAAAAGAGUUUUUCUCACAAGAGCACUUUCCAAAUACACCAGCGUACUCACACAGGAGAGAAGCCGUGUGAGUGUUCGGAGUGCGGGAAGCGUUUUACGCACCAGCAAGCCCUGCUACUACACCAGCGCACGCACACAGGAGAGAAGCCGUAUCAUUGCUCGCAGUGCGAGAAGAGUUUUCGUAACCAGAGUCAUCUCCAACGACACCAGCGCACUCACACAGGAGAAAAGCCAUAGUAAUGCUCACAGUGUGGGCGGAGCUUCUGUUAUGCAAGUACAUUUAAAACACACAAGUGCGUUGGAAUUAUUCUGUCAGCUCUUCCAUAGUGAAUUACGAAUCAUGAAAUCAAAUAUCAAACUACUCUUUUUGUAGGCAAAACUACGGAAGCCCUAAGAGGCCAUGCAUUAUUUUUCUUGUUUUAUUGUGAUCUCGACUUAAUUUUCUCGUGAUCUCGACAUAACAAAAAUCGUUUUCUCGUGAUCUCGAACAUAACAAAAGUUGUUUUCUCGUGAUCUUGUUAUAACAAAAAGCUGUUUUCUCACGAUAAUUUUAUCACGAGAAAAUCUCGCGCCUUAUGAAUGGGACUGGUGUUGCAUGCACGUUGGCGUCUUUGCUAUCGCCAUCAUAAAUUUAAUAAUUUCCCGCUGUAGAGAUGGACUUUAUCUCCGCGUUAAGAGAGAGAGGUGUAGACCUGACAACCUCCUUCUCAACCUCCGUAGGUUUUAUUAUUUUUUUAAGCGUUUGUAGUUAUUCAGUUGACAUGGAGGUGCAGCAGGUAGCAUCGCCACCUCUCAGCUCCAGGGUUCCCGGUUUGAUCCUGAGCUCAGGUUACUGUAUGUGAGGACUUUCUGUGUUCUUCUCAUGUCUGUGUGGGUUUCUUUGCGUGUUCUCUAGUCACUUCUCAUCUUCCAGAAACAUGCCAGUUGCUAGAUGCUAGAUGGAUUGGUGCAAGUGACCCCACGUUUGUCUUUGCAGAAAGUAUUAAAAACAUAUCCAUGUUAUUUUAAUUACUUAAAAUUGCAUGUCAUAUAAAAUUUGACCUUUUCUUCAUAUCACUUGCAUUAAAAAGUAAACUCCCAAAACCCGGAUAAGUCAGGGUUGCCAGGUCUUAGCAAAAUGUCCAGCCAAUCACGUCUCAAAAAACGCACAAAAGGACCUGAAACCAGCCCAUUAUGGUCAUUACAACAGGGAGACAAUUUUUUUUUUCUGUGUUGUUGGAAACAAGUUCACUGUGGUGUGCACGGAUUUUUGAUUUCCACAACAUGCCUUUUUGUCAUCACCUGGCAUGGACAUUAUCCACUUCAUAUUUAAGACCGUGAUACUUGAGGGACUACAUAAAGGUGCUUUAACACGUAAUUCAAAGGGAAAUGCUGCUGCCAUUUUUGUCACAACUUCCAAAGUUGAAAACAGUACGUUUUCAGAAGAGCUUUUUUUUUUCUACCAUCCAAUCAGGUCGCAAGUUGGGGAGUAAGCGAGAACAAUAAAGUCUGGUUAAAAAAAAAAAAUCCUGUUAGUGAGUGAAUAUAUAAGUAACUCUAUGAAAAUAUUUCAUAGCCAAUAUUCCAACAUUGUAAUUAAUAUUGGAAUUAAUACUCUCUUUAACUGUGGUUGCUCCAGUCAAGUCACACAAACAGCACCAGUUUUCUUGAGUUUCUCCCUCCAAAGCCAGAGUGAAAGCAAUCAACCUCCCUGUCACCUCCUAAUCUUUAUUUCAUCUUUACUGCCAAUAAUAAUAAUUCUACACAGCAAGCUAAAACACCUCAGUCUAGCCCUAACUUGGUUUUUAAACUGUAGUACUGUUGGGCUUUGGAAGAAAAGAGGCAGAGGAAAAUAAAAUUGGACGUAAACAGAAAUGUUGCCUUGCAUGAGUGAUAUUUUGAGUAAUCAGUUUUUGUUUUGUGGAAACCUGAAUGAAUUCAUCGGAACGUAUACGGAUAUAGCAGAAAUGCUUGUACUAAAAAUACUGAAGAUAUGAGAACACAAGAUGGAGUAGUUUGUCACCUAACAUAGUUUAGCACUUUGCAUCGUCAUUUUGUGAGUGGAACAUAAUCAAACACCCAGUACUGAAUAGUGAAGAAUGUUUAUUAUUAUAUACUUCUCACAUUUAACACUUUCAAGAGCAAAGGCAUCAGUGUGUGUGCAAAUCUAUGUGCAAAUCUAAUCAGAGGUUGAGGAGUAACACUGCUAUAACCAAAAAACAACUCACUGCGUUACAAACUCAUAAUGUACUGUAUAUGUGCGUGAAUAGGAGUCUGAAAUUUUUUGUUUCCACUACUCACUCAACCUCCUUAGGGUUUUUUUUCUUUCCUUUUUUUUUUUUUUUCUUCUU